GCCGCCGGUGCUAUGGGUCUCUGGCAUACUGUUGAGUUCUUUGAAAAAGAGAAAGUUGUCGGAGAAGACUACUAUCAGCAAUGGACUACCGUACUAAGAGACAAUACCAAAAUUACAUAUGAUUGGUCAUAUAUUGUUGCAUGGGCCGGUGUAGGUUCUUGUCUUCUGGCUGCCAUAUUGCUAUCGGGAGCUGCUGUUUGCCUAAGAAGUGAACGGGAGAAAGAAGAACAAUUAAAUUUGCAAUAUCUUAUGCCAGUAUAUUCACAAAAACAACCUCCUUAUCCACCCUACGCCAACUAUCCUCAGCCUCAAAUGUUUGCCGCUGGUCCGUAUUACCAUGGGUCGCAAUAUGGUCCAUACAACUACUAA